AGCGUAAUUACACAACCCUUGUUAUAAAAACCGAAAAAUGGAUUGUGUUUUUAAAUAAACUAAUUAUAAUAUAAUUUUGUAAUUAAUUUCCAUUAUACAAAAUAGAUAGAUAAUAAUAAAUGUCUUUUACAUAAUGUACGGACUUUUAAAAGUUCGUAAUUUUCAUUUAGUUAAUGCAAAACCGGUUGACAAUUUAGUGCAAAAUUUUUACUUGUGUUCUUUUUGCAAAUUUUAUCAUCAACAAACUUUAAAAUUUCUAAAAUGUCAACAAUUAAAAAAUUAUUCAACAACUGCGAAAAUAUCAGAAAUAAGCAUUCCAAUUCCAAAGAAAAUAAAACGUAAAAGUGGAAAAUUUCUCGAAAUAUUGGAAGUUACUGAAGCUGCAGCCACAAACAGAAGGACUAAAGUUAAAAAAUUAAAUGCUGAAAAUUUGUCAAAAUUUGUCGAACCAAAUAAUGUCGAAAUGGAAAAAAUUAAAGAUAAAAAUGUAGCAAAGAAAAAAUUUAAACAGAAAGAUAUUUCAAAGGUAAUAGAAGAAAUUAAAUUAUUUACAAAUCAAAAAAAAUCAAAAGUGGAAGAAGGUAAAACGAAAAAUUCAAAGCCUGUUGUUGAAGAAAAAGUAAUGAAAACAGAAAAAACUUCAUCAACAGUAGAUAAUUAUUUAGAAGCAAAACAAUCUAAUUUAUAUUCAUUUUUUCAAACAUGCAUUAAUUGUGGAAAAGGAAAGCAAGCAUUGAAUCUUUUACUUCAUUUUGAAAAAAGUUCACAACCACAAAGGCAAAUACAUUUUAAAAAUGUGAAAUUUUAUAAUUUAUUUUUUCGCUAUUUAGCGUCAAUGGGAGAUUUUAAAAAUGUUUUAUUGCUAAAAAAUUUAAUGAAAAAACAUUCUAUUUUAAUGAACGCCGAAUCUUAUGCAUUUAUAUUUGAAUGUCUCGCUAGAAGUGAUAAUACAAAAAAACUUGAAUUUCUCAAAACAAUUAAAACUGAAAUGAUUGAAAAUAAUAUAAGUUUAAAUUCAAUAGUAACAUCGCCAUUAUUUGUUAAAGAUCAAUUAGAAAAAAUUUUAGAAAUGAUUAAAUUGUUAGACGAAAAUUUUACACCACAUUUUCAAUUAAAAACAAUAAAAUAUAAUAAUCAUUUACUGGAUAAUAUUUUCAAUGAACGUAAUUAUGAAAGUCCAGCAAAGAAUUUAUUUAAACUUGACGAUUUGAAAGCGAGGGCAAAAAAACAAUUUGACAUUGAAUCAAUUGGUGAAGUUGAAAUUCAAAGUAUUGAUAAACAAUUGGAACCAACGAAGAAAAUUCUACAAAAUAAGGAGGAAUUAAAUGAAUUACAUGAAAAAUGGCGAAUUGAUAUAAGUAAUGCAUUUAAGAGAAAUUUGUCAACACUAAAAUUAAGGGAAAAAGAUUUAAGAAUUUCUGAUUUAAAUCCAUAUCUCACUGUUUUUGAGCCUGAAAUUUAUGUUAAUGCUAUAUUGAGAGAAGUUAAAAUUCUCAUACAAUCAACUGAAUCAUUUAGUCAACCGAUUACUUAUUUAGCGAAAGAUUUGGCUUUAAGUAUAUUUAAAAAAUAUGAGUAUAAAAUUCAACAUGAGGAAAAAUUACACGACAAUAUUUUAAAAUGUUAUGAAGAUUAUUGUAAAUGGUUUUUAUAUAAUGGAAACGCUGAAAAUGGUCGUAUAAAAUGGUUACAUUUGGAAUAUCAAUUAAAAAAAGAAGGUCAAUGUUCACAUUAUCCAAUUUUACAAUGGCCAUCAGAUGUAUUAAAAGAAGUUGGAAGAUUUUUGUAUGAUAUUAUAUUAAAAGAUUUAAAAGUUAAUAUCACAAUGAGAGAUGGGAAUAAAAUUGCAGUCCCUGCAUUUUAUGUGAUUUUUCGAAGUAAAUUUAAAGUAAUGAAAGAGGAGAUACAACCUCAUCCAUUAUUGACGAAAAUGAAUCAAGGGUGUAAUACAGGAAAAUUAAAGUUUAGCUACGAUACAUUGCCUUCUUUAUCGCCACCGAGACCAUGGUUUAGUAUUGACAGAGGAGGAUAUUUGAUUAAUAAAACGUCGAUAAUUCGUCUUCCCUUUAGUUUCGCGGAACAUUUUAAUCUAAUAAAAUCGAAACCAAAAGAACAAAUUUAUCCAUUAUUAGAUAGUUUAAAUCAAUUGGGAUCAAUUCCAUGGAGAGUGAAUACGGCAAUUCUUGACAUAGCAAUGAAGGUUUUUCAAAACGGUGGUUCGAAAGAAUUAAAUGUACCUGAAUCACCUUCUAUUUUACCUGAUCCGCCUGUUAACAAUAAAUUAACAUCUGAGAAGGAAAGACGUGAAAAUGCAAAAAAUGCCGCUUCUUUAAGAAAGAAGAAAAAUGAAAUGCACUCAUUGUGGUGCGAUGCUUUGUACAAAUUAUCGUUGGCAAAUCAUUACAAAGACGAAAUAUUUUGGCUUCCACACAAUAUGGAUUUUAGAGGAAGAGUUUAUCCAAUUCCACCACAUUUAAGUCACAUUGGUUCGGAUUUUUCACGAUCAAUGUUAGUGUUUGCAUUAAAAAAGCCCCUUGGGCCAAAAGGUCUCGAUUGGCUGAAAAUUCAUACGAUUAAUUUAACUGGUUUCAAGAAGAAGGAAUCUAUUAAAAAUAGACUUCUUUAUGCUAAUGAAAUUCUUGAUAAAAUUCUCGACAGUGCAAAUAAUCCACUAACGGGUGAAAUGUGGUGGACAACAUCCGAUGAGCCUUGGCAAACAUUGGCGGCUUGCAUGGAAAUAUCAAAAGCUUUAAUGUCACCAAAUCCAAGUAAAUAUAUGACUGGAUUUCCAGUUCAUCAGGAUGGAAGUUGUAAUGGAUUGCAACAUUAUGCGGCACUUGGACGCGAUCAAAUUGGAGCCGAGAGUGUUAAUUUGUUUCCAUUUGAAACACCGCGCGACGUUUAUAGUGACAUUGUUGUUCGUGUAGAGGAAGCUCGUCGAUUGGAUGCUGAGAAAAAUGUGGAAAUUGCAAAAAUUUUAAAAGAUUUUAUUGAAAGGAAAGUGAUUAAGCAAACAAUUAUGACGACCGUUUAUGGUGUCACAAGAUACGGCGCUAAAUUACAAAUAUUAAAACAAUUGAAAGAUUUGGAUAAUUUUCCCGAAGAUAAAAUUCAAGAGGCAAGUUCAUAUUUAGCUGAUCAGACAUUUCACUGUUUACGAACAAUGUUCACAAGCGCAAGAGAAAUUCAAGAUUGGUUCACUGAAUGUGCGAGAUUAAUUUGUACAUUUAGAGGAGCGCCAGUUGAAUGGGAAACUCCAUUAGGAUUACCUGUUCUUCAACCUUAUAUUAAAUUUGAUGCGAAAAUUACCAAAAGUCCAAAUACAUUAAAACAAAAAAAUGCAUUUCCGCCAAAUUUCAUUCAUUCUUUGGAUUCAACGCAUAUGAUGCUCACGAGUUUAUAUUCCGAACAGGCGGGAAUUUCAUUUAUGUCAGUACAUGAUUGUUUUUGGACUCAUCCAUCAACUGUUACUAAAAUGAACGAAAUUUGUCGAAAGCAAUUUAUUGCCCUUCAUUCGGAGCCAAUUUUGGAAAAUCUUUCCGAAUAUAUGUUGAAUAAAUUCAAAUAUUCUAAAGAGGAAAUAAAAAAUUGUAAACUCUCAAGAUUUGUGAAAAACUAUGAAAAUUUUAACAAAGUCUUGGCACAAGUACCACCAAAAGGAAAAUAUGACAUUAAGAAUGUUGAAUUAUCAACGUAUUUCUUUAGUUAGAAAAUAUUGUUGAAAACAAAAAAAUGUUAAUAAUAAAACGUGAUAGUAAGAUAUAAUUAUUGUAAAAAGAAAUAUUUUAAUAUUAAAUUCAUUUAAAUCUUU